UUGAUGGGUAGGUUACUGCCAAGACACAUUUGUUGGGAUCAGUCUCAAAUUUAUCUUGUUAAUAGACCCACUUUCAGGCUGAAUUUUACCCUUUUGUUUCCCGUCUUUGUUUUUUUACUCAAAGGUGUCUGCAUUCUUUAUUUUUAUUUGCUUUUCACUUACACAUUAAAAUGUUGGGAGGUCUGUAGCAGGGCAUGAAAUUUAAUUUGCCCUGGGACCAAAUACUUACCUGGAGAUGUCUUUUUGACCAUCUAGAUUACAGAAGAAAAGUUGUUUUUAUCUUUAUGGCAGAUUAAUCAAAAUAGACAUUGUUGUCAUCAUAACUCUAAUGAGUCUAGUCCCUCCCCAGCAGUUAUUUAAAAUUAUUGUCAAGAUUCAAAUAUUUGAUUGCAGGCGUUAACCAUUCUGCUAGAUUUGAGCACUUUGGGGCUUAGAUUCUGGGAAAAAUCUUUAAUUAGUCUUCUAAAAAUGGAAAAGGAUUAUCAUGAUUUAAAUUAACAUAAUUUUCCAGAAAUUAUAAAAAUUGUCAUUCUUUUUGUGAUAAAAGUACUAUAAAAGAUGGAAAAAAAAAGGCCCUUGAGCAUGGUUUGACUUUUUUUUUUCUGGACUGAAAUGGAGGCUUUCUUUCAAGCGAAUUCCCUGAUGUUUGCUGUGUGUGAUUUGGCUCCAUCUCUGUAACUGCUAAUAUGUGGCAUGGACUUCCAGCUGUCUGGGAUCUGGAUGUGCCCAAAGUCUGUAUUGCAAGUCCGGAUUCACAGGCAUUAUGUUACAAAACUGGCUUGCUGCCUUCUCUGUUUUCUGUGUCCUGAGUAGCUGCAUUGUUUGUUGCAGUAUAUGCAUUAGCUGUCUGUGUUCAGUUUCCUGCAGGCUGACAAAGUGGGAGGGGCUUUGUUUGAUACAUAACUGAGUUUUCACUGUGUGAGUUCUUGAGUGCACAUUGCAGCCAUCUUAAUUACACUUUAGUGCAACUGAGACAGUGCAGCUGUCUCAAAAUGGCUGCUAACCUAGCCUUUGUAGCUGCUUAGGCAGCAACUAUGCCAGUGUGGAGAAUUGUCACAUGCAUCAGAACCAGAGAUUCAAAAUGGAUAGUAUAGAAGAACCUCAGAAAAAAGUCUUUAAGGCUCGAAAAACAAUGAGAGUGAGUGAUCGUCAACAACUGGAUGCAGUGUACAAGGUCAGAGAAGAACUGUUGAAAACUGAUGUCAAGCUGUUAAAUGGCAAUCAUGAAAAUGGAGAUUUGGACCCAGCCUCACCUUUGGAAAAUACAGAUUAUGUUAAUGACAAGGAUGAGGUGAAUGGCAUUGAAGAACUUUGUUUUAACCCUGAGAAAAGUACAUCAGAAUGGAAAGAAACACCUUGUACCUUAAAUGUUAAUGUAAAAAACAAGCCAGAUGAUGAUUUAGAGUCUGAAACUUCGUCUCCUAGUAGUAUAACUCCUGAACUAAACUCUAAAGUGACCACUGAACCAGCUUCUGGUGAUCCACCUUCAGGUGAUCUGGCUAUUGGGGAUCCUCCAGCCUCUGGAGAUCUGGCCUCUGAAGUAUUAACCUCUGGUGAUACCCCUUCUGGUGAUCCCACCUCUGGUGUUCCCACCUCUGAUGAGCCUGCCUCUGGUGAUCCCACCUCUGGUGAGUCAGUCUCUGGUGAGCUGGUCUCUAGUGAGCCAGUCUCUGGUGAGCUGGUCCCUGUUGAACCAAUGUCCAGUGAACCUGUCUCUGAUGAACUGGUCUCCAGUGAACCAGUCCUUGGUGAACUGGUCUCCAGUGAACCAAUCUCCAGUGACCUAGCCACUGAUAAUUCAACCUCUGAUGAUCUGGCCUCUGGAAUACUGGCCUCUGAUGAUCCAGCCUCUGGUGAUCUGGCUUCUGGUGGUCCAGCCUGUGGUGAUCUGACUUCUGGUGAUCAGGCCUCUGGUGAUCAGGCCUCUGGUGAUCUGAUCUCUGAUGAACCGACUGUUCAUAAACCAACUUCUGAAUCAGCCUUUGAUCCCACCUUUGAACCAAGUCCUGUACCAGUUUGUGAGCCAGUUCCUGACACUGACAAUACAGAACCUAGUAGCAAUAAAGAUGAUUUUCUUGAAAAAAAUGGGGAUGAUGAAAAGUUAGAUGAGAUUUUCUCAUUUGAUGAGAAAAAUAAAGCUGAUAGUAAUAUUCAUGCUGAUGAAGAAACUCUAGAAGCAGGUGAUACACUUACUUGUCCAGUUCUACCUCCUGAAAAUGAAAAGAAAGUAGAGGAAGAUGCUGUCACAGAACCUGCUCUUGGAGAGGAGGCUAUAUCUAGCAGUAUGGAAAUUGAGCAAAGUGAAAAGAAUGAAGAUGAAAAUUGUACAGAACUUGCAGAAACCAUUAGUGAAAAUGUUAUAAAAGAUGAAAAAAGUGAGAAUAUCUUAGAAAAUACAGAUUCUAUGGAAACAGAUGAAAUUAUUCCUAUUUUGGAAAAGCUUGCACCUGCUGAAGAUGAGCUUACUUGCUUUUCUAAAACUUGUCUCCUUCCAAUUGAUGAAACAAAUCCAGAUUUGGAAGAGAAGAUGGAAGGUUCUUUUGGUUCACCAUCUAAACAAGAGAGUAGUGAGAGUUUGCCAAAAGAAGCCUUUUUGGUCCUCUCUGAUGAAGAGGAUAUUUCAGGUGAAAAAGAUGUGUCUGAAGUUAUAUCACAAAAUGAGACAUGCUCUCCAGAGGUAGAAAGUAAUGAAAAGGACAGGAAACCAGAGGAAGAAGAGCAAGUAAUACAUGAAGAUGAGAGACCUUUUAAGAAAAUUGAAUUUUCCAGAAGAAAACGUUCUAAAUCCGAGGACAUGGACAAUGUACAGUCAAAACGCCGUCGAUAUAUGGAAGAAGAGUAUGAGGCAGAAUUUCAAGUAAAGAUUACAGCCAAAGGAGAUAUUAACCAGAAGCUACAAAAGGUUGUACAGUGGUUGCUGGAAGAAAAAUUAUGUGCUCUACAGUGUGCUGUAUUUGAUAAGACUUUGGCAGAAUUGAAAACACGAGUGGAAAAGAUUGAAUGUAACAAGAGGCACAAAACAGUUCUUACUGAACUACAGGCCAAGAUAGCCAGGUUAACCAAACGCUUUGGAGCAGCCAAAGAAGAUCUUAAGAAAAGACAAGAAAAUCCACCAAACCCACCUGUACCUGUAUCACCAGGAAAGUCUAUAGUUGAUGUCAACAGCAAUAACAAUGUGCCCUAUAGAAAUACAGGUACAGUGAGACAGUUGCUGGAGUCCAAAAGAAAUGUAAGCGAGAAUACACCACCAUCCUUUCAAACCCCUGUGAAUACAGUGUCUUCAACCAACCUUGUCACUCCUCCAACAGUUGUCAGUAGUCAACCUAAAUUGCAGACUCCAGUGACCUCGGGUUCUCUGACAGCAACAUCAAUUCUUCCAGCACCCAACACAGCUACAGUAGUUGCUACUACUCAGGUGCCUAGUGGAAAUCCCCAACCUACAAUCUCUUUACAGUCGUUACCAGUGAUUUUGCAUGUACCUGUUGCUGUAUCUUCCCAGCCUCAACUUCUACAGAGCCAUCCAGGAACUUUAGUGACUAAUCAGCCAUCUGGCAAUGUUGAAUUCAUUUCUGUACAGAGCUCACCAACAGUCAGUGGUCUUACCAAAAAUCCAGUGUCUUUGCCAUCCUUGCCAUCCUUGCCAAACCCCACUAAACCAAACAACGUUCCUUCUGUGCCCAGUUCUAGUAUUCAAAGGAACUCUCCUGCCAGUGCUGCACCAUUAGGAACAACACUUGCUGUACAGGCUGUCCCAACAGCACACUCUAUUGUACAAGCCACAAGGACUUCUUUACCCACGGUAGGCCCAUCAGGGCUCUAUAGUCCAUCAAAUAAUCGAGGCCCUAUACAGAUGAAAAUUCCAAUUUCUGCUUUUAGUACUUCAUCUUCUGCAGAACAAAGCAGCACUACUACCCCUAGAAUUGAAAACCAGACAAGCAAAACAAUAGAUGCUUCUGUUAAGAAAGCGGCUGAUAGCACAUCACAGAAUGGAAAAGCUACAGGCAGUGAUUCAGGUGGUGUCAUUGAUCUCACAAUGGAUGAUGAAGAGAGUGGAGCCUCACAAGACACUAAAAAGCUAAAUCACACUCCUGUGUCAGCCAUGGGUUCUUCUCAGCCUGUGUCUCGACCGUUGCAGCCCAUCCAACCAGCACCACCUCUUCAACCAUCUGGGGUGCCAACAAGUGGACCAUCUCAGACAACAAUACACUUACUACCUACAGCUCCAACCACUGUGAAUGUAACACAUCGUCCAGCAACUCAGGUGACCACGAGACUUCCUGUACCAAGAGCUCCUGCAAACCAAGUGGUUUAUACAACCCUUCCUGCACCACCAGCUCAGGCUCCCCUACGAGGAACUGUUAUGCAGGCUCCUACUGUUCGGCAGGUCAAUCCCCAAAAUAGUGUCACAGUCCGAGUGCCUCAAGCAACUACAUAUGUUGUAAACAAUGGACUAGCCCUGGGAUCCACAGGACCUCAGCUCACAGUGCAUCAUCGACCACCACAGGUGCACCCUGAGCCCCCACGCCCUGUGCACCCAGCACCCUUACCAGAAGCCCCACAACCACAGCGUCUGCCCCCAGAAGCUGCCAGCACAUCGCUGCCUCAGAAGCCACACUUGAAGUUAGCACGAGUUCAGAGUCAAAAUGGCAUUGUACUAUCAUGGAGUGUCCUGGAGGUGGAUCGGACCUGUGCCACUGUUGACAGCUACCAUCUCUAUGCUUACCAUGAGGAACCCAGUGCCACUGUGCCCUCACAAUGGAAAAAGAUUGGAGAGGUAAAGGCACUUCCUUUGCCCAUGGCAUGCACUCUCACCCAGUUUGUAUCUGGCAGCAAAUACUACUUCGCAGUACGGGCCAAGGAUAUUUAUGGACGUUUUGGACCUUUCUGCGAUCCUCAGUCAACGGAUGUGAUCUCUUCUUCCCAGAGCAGUUAAGCCUUGGAGACUUUAUCUCUUCCUCUUUGAAAAGUUCCACUUUUUGGUCUUGUUUUAAUCUGUGCAUGAUACCCAUUGUAAAAUCUACAUUGUGCAAGAUUUCUUGGACAGAUGUGUAUAUACACUACAUUUGUUUAUAAUCAGAGUAAAAUAAAUUGAGCCCAUAAAGCAAGAACCUUUUUCUGAACAACUCAAGCUUCGAGGUUUUGAAAUGUAAACGUGCACCUUCCUUUAAUCUUGAGGCUGGGGAAUAUGUGUGAGUGUUUGUGUGGGUUUUUCCUCCUCCUCCUGUUUAUAUGUUUGUUGCAGUGGAACCUCCCAUUUUUGUUCUCAAAUUUACCUGUCUUCUAGUAUCAAGUAAGUAGAGCAAAGCAUCUGAGGUAUGUAACUGGCAUGAUUCUGCUUCUAAGGGAUCUGUAGAUUCAUAGUUAAAUGAUUUAAACAGAAUCUAAAGAAAACCCAAAGAAGAGGGGGGAAAAAGCAAAAUGGUUAGAGUUUAAAAUAGGUUAAUUUGAACAUAGGAAAGGAUCUGAUCUUUUUUGGUCUCUUCUGGGUUGCUAAUUAGGUGAAAAACAUCUCAAUUGCCUCUCUCUUUUUAAUCUUUUGCAUUUACUUUGUGCCUUAAAGAUUAAUUGCAAAAAUAAACAUGGCCAUUUGUCCAUUGUUUACUCUUCCCUUUCAGCCUUUAGCCCUUCAUUUUUCCUUUAUUUCCACAAAAUAUAGCACACUCCCUCAAGUAAUUUUUAAACCAAGGCUUUUGUAUACUCACCAGUGGCAUUAAUACAUUUAACUCCAAAAAUUUGACUUGCUAUUUUCUUCUAAGAAUAUAAAUGCUUUUAUUUUUGGUCACUAUUUAAAUUAACUUUAUGUAAAGUGGACCAAGAGAGAAGACUGUAUUGUGUAAGAAAUUUUCCUUCAAACAUAUUUCAGUAUCUAUGCUCACACACUGUUUAGAAAUUAUGAAAGCAAUUCUAGUUUAUCACCCAAAGCCAUAGUAUUUUUUCAAAGGAAAGAGUCAAAUUCACAAAAUAUAGUGAGCUGAAAUAUUAAAGGGAAAGCUCCAUUAUCUCUGUUCUCAUAUCAUUCUUCCUUUUGUUAACUUUUAACUUCGUUUUAAUGGUGCCAAGUUUUGUCUCAUUUUUCCUAUGUCAGCUUUGGAUAGAAUUGAAAGUAUAUCCUUUGGGGUCAUUUUAUGUAACAAUUAGAUAUAACUUACUGUGUAUCUCUGUUCCUCUUCAAAGUUAAUCAAAUUCAGCUUAGGUCCUGCAUUUUCAAUUUGAGUGCCAGCUCUGUUGGUAUCAGAUAGUUGAGUGUAUAUAGUUUAAGACAGGACUGCUGGGGUACAUUUAGGGAUGAGAGUGUGGUUGGGAAUAUUUUGAAAGGAGUUCUUGGAGUUUGUGAAAUAAUUUUAUCAAGUCAUCUUCCCUAACCAUAUUUGAAUUCAUAUUUCUACCUUCUCAAAUUAUAACUCCUGGAAUUAUAGGAGGGAGCCAUUCCUUCCAUUAAUGCUGGUCAGUGUAUGUUAUGUUGGGUUGAAGUUUGAUUGAUGCUGAAGAAAGCCUACAGAUUGCCAAACUAUAAAUCUCCAAAACCUUCCUUUCACUUUCAGAAAAUAAGACCACAGUAAGAAAGUUUCCAUGAAAUCAAAAUUGCCAACUAACCAUGUAGAUAUUCCUUAUUCUAGGACUAACGGCGAUGGUAAAGAAGUUGCCAAUAUCAUGCAAAUGAAAAUUUCAAAAGGGAGGUGUCUUCUAGAUAUAUACGAACACCUAUCUAUAUCUGCAUGUACAUAUGUUUCUACCUGCAAUGGAUGCAACAUUGAUUAUGUGUUCAAGAUCAUUCCUGUCUACAAAACAGAAAGCUCAUGUUCAAAAUUGUUCUUUAUUGGCUGGUUUUUUGGUCACGUGGUAACAGUUUGCUUACCUAGCCUUGAAAUGGUGACCUUGGUGAAUGUUUUAAUUUAUAUUCACUAAUCCUUGUUUUAAAAGCUUUUAUAUAGCACUAUAUAAUCCUGUGAAGAAAGCCUAGUAGAAUGAAAAUAUUUCAUUAUUUUAGCCUAUACUGUGUUUUCUGUCAAAGAAAAAAAAAAAAAAUCUUAAACAGUAACUCUAAACAUAGAUUUACUACAGUAAAAUAACCUUUUAUUCCAGAUAGUGGAAGGUACAAAGAAAAAUUGUAGUUAUUUGAGGAAAAAGCAUUAUGAAAUAGCCUCCUCAAAUUAGCUUGCCAUGAGAUUGCAAUGGCUAUAUUGGAUUAACUGAAAGGUGCUAGGCUAGAAUUCUAGUCUUUUAUUUGGGCAGGUUUUAAUGUUGAUGGGCACUUUUUGUUUGUUUCUUUUGGGGGAGAGAAUAGAAGACUCAACUAAAAAUAGCUACUGAUUACAGACUUCUUGUAGCAGUUCACAACCCGUGAUACCUUUUUUAUUUCGAGGUACCUUUUCACAGAGUAUUACAAAUAAGCUUGUUUAUCCCAUUUGGGGACUGCAAAUUUACUAAAUUUUUAGCCUGACAAUACUUGUGUUAAGUACUGCUUUGUUGGAAAUCCUGGAAAUUGAAAUUUCAACCCAAAAUGUAGGAUGUUUAUGUGGCAUUUAAAGGUAACAAUGAUGUUUGUUACUCUUUCCUUUGUACUUUGUUAUGGUAUUUUUCACCCUAUUUAAAUGUGAGUAAGCCCCUUUUCAAAAUUAUGUUACUGCCAGUAAAUUUAUAAAUUACAUACAAAGAUAACAUCUGUUGUUAACAGUUAACUUGAUGAGGUAACUAUAUCCCUCUAUUUCUCUGGACUCACUUUUUAAAAUACGCAGAAUACUUUAACACAGUAUAAGUCAAUGAGAAAAGUGUAGAGGAGAGCUUUCUUCCUUGAAAAGUAUUUAUUGGGGUACCAAUUGCCUCACAGUGAGGUGUUCCCCCCUUUUCCCCCUUCCCCCCCAUUGUCAGAUAAAUGAAAGGUUUAUUUGAAAAACAAGUCCUAGAGCAAGGAGCUUAAAAUCUGUUAUAUCUCUGCAGAACUCCUUAGGCAGGCUGCACCAUACAGUCCUCUUACUGUAUUGUAUAAGUGUUAACUAAGUUUUUGUUCUCUUUUGCUUAUAUU